AUGCCACCCCAAUCUCCCUAUACCGACGAUGAGAGCCACAUUCCACCACCGCCAAGAAGAGGGUCUCGCCCCGGUUACAACAGCCAAUACUACUACUCCGGUGCAAUGACGAGCCCGGGACGACGACGACGACGAUCCAAUGGGGAUCAGUACCAUCGUUACGAUGAGGCCAAACCCAAACCAGGCAUCACCUUGAUGAAUGUUUUACUAUUCAUUGCGAUUGUGUUGCAACUGUAUCAAAUCUACCAAACUCCCUCCACUGUCACCAACCACCACAGCUUUCAAGUUACCCCCAACAAGGGCACCUUUUUUGAUUUUCCCAGAGGAUUGCGAGAUGCCUUUGGAAAUCGAGAUAGUAACAAUAAUGACAACAAUAACAAUGUGUAUAAAUCCAGCUGGGGAAGCCACAAUGGGGUUCUGCAGGCGGAAAAUAAUGGAGGCUCUGACCAGGAAUCCUCUACCGCGAAGGAGUUGACUCCCAAUGAACGAAUGCGCAAUUAUAUUCUGUAUGGAAACUACGAUGGACCACAAGGUGACGAGCAAAACUCAUUCCAAUGGAAUACCAACGACCUAGACAACUACAACAGCAGCCAAGACAAUAAUGCUACCGAAAAUGGAGAAGCAGAAGUCAAUCCGGACGAGCUACCCUUUCAAAUCUCCAAAUACAACUACAGCCAUACACCCAAUCGAACCAAAUGGAAUCUACCCACCCAACCAACCAUGACCAACAAUUCACAUUUGGCAGUCAUCAUCCUGAGUGGACGAUCCAACUUUGAUAGACGACAAGCCAUUCGAGAAACAUGGGCACAAAAUCAGACCAACAUUGUCUUUGUCAUUGGAGGUCCCGAACCAGAUAACGAACAGGACCGAAACUGGACCGAUCCAAACAGUACUUCCUCCAGACUGUUUCGAGAAUCCCAGCAAUACGGAGACAUUCUGGAUAGUAUCCAUCCGGAUACCUACAAGGCUCUACCUUAUAAAGUCCAUUAUGCCAUUCGAUGGGUUGCAUCGUCCUUUCCACACAUUCAAUGGAUCUUAAAGGCAGACGACGAUGUCGUUGUACGCAUCAAUACACUGCGAUACUUUGUACUCAAAAACUUUAAUCCAGUGGCACCCAUGGUAAUUGGUCGCAUUGAACCCAAUUCCAAACCACAUCGGACUGGAAAAUGGGCCGAGGACCCGAAAUUUGCCGACGAAGAGUAUCCACCAUGGGCAUACGGAUCGACUGGGUACGUCAUGAGUCGUCCCGUCUUUGACUAUGUCGCCUCGGAGCAAUCGCUGUACUACUAUCAAGGAGAAGAUGCCUCCUUGGGAAUUUGGUUGUACGAAUCGCCGCUCGAUGUGUCGUGGAUUGAUUCUCCCGACUUUUCCAUUCAAGCCGAUCAAAAGUGGUACGAUCACCAGUAUUCGGUGGUGAUUGGUCAUGACGUAUCACCGGAGGAUAUGCAUCAAUUGUUUGACCAAUGGCAAGAUCCCAAGAAUUUGGAGGAUAUGUACCAUACCAAUCAUACAAAUACUGAAGGUCGCAUCUUCAAUUUGGAGCUGAGAUCUCCACUCAACAAUCAAAUGCUGGACAAUUAUCAAUUUGGAGCAGAUGACCAGUUUGUCAACAUGUUUGACGAACUUGGCAACAAGAUGAGGAGGGAGGAAUGGGAUGAUGAAGAAGGAGAAGAAGAUGAGACAAAUGGAGACGAGACAAAUGCUAUUGGUGACGAAGAAGUUGGCGAGGAAGAAGAACGGCGCCAUGGUGGAGAGGAGGAGGAGUGA